GGACACAAAAAUGCAGACGGAAGAAGCCGAAUCGGAAGCCGAUUCAGCUGAAGAUACAACUGCAGGAAAGAAACGCCCCGCACGUCCCAAGUCGCAGAAGAAAUCCAAACGGCUGUCCGGAUCCAAGUCCAAAUCUGGCUCCUCCAAAUUUUCCGAACAAGGCGCUCCUGGAGUCGCUUACUGCCGCACGUCUGGCUCGUCGUCGUUGAAGAAAGAAUACCAUCACGCCGCUUCACCUGUUCGCAUAGGUAAGAAGCUCAAGUCCAGGUAUAUGUCCUGCCGAAGCACCAGAUACUGCCCGCCGUUCAAAAGUCCUCAAACUGCUCACAGAUUGCCUGGCCGCUCUGCAUCUAUCAUCCGCAUCUACGGCUCGACGUCGAGCACACAAACUGCUCGCAGAUUUUCCUGCCGAGCUGAACUUGGAAUCCGCAACCGAAACACACCCUGCCCGGCGAUGAGGACAACAUAUCAACAAGCAGCUUCACCUAGCUCCACAGGUAAGAAGCACAGAUAUAUGUCCUGCCGAAGCACCUCCGGAUACUGCCUUUUCUGCAAAAGAAUCUCAAUUACUCACAGAUCGCAGCACACAUCGUGGUGUGCAGAAAAUUUGCACGGAACUUACCUGCCGGGACGUGCACCGCCUCGCCAACGGCUGGUGAUAAUUGAAACACGGAAGUUCAAACUCGCAUCAACACACGGUCCAAGAAAAAAACAGGUGAAAGCAGCGCUUUUGGAAGUGAACCAGAGACCUGGAACGGACAUCAAAACGUAAAGGGUCACACAAAAACGUGCGACACCAGCGACAUCUGUUGGGCAAUAGCAACACUACACCGGCAUUUUCCUAAAGGGUCUAAGUGGAUUUGAAAAGUUAUAAUUUCGUAUCUAUCAACAUCAACAACAUCACGAGCCAAACUAAGCUGGAUGCGCUGACCAGUUUCAUGCGCGCUCACGAAAUAGACGUUUUCUUCCUUCAAGAAGUUGAAAAUGAUUCUAUAAAUAUCCCCGGCUACACCAUGCUGUACAAUAUAGACAAUCGAAGAAGGGGCGUUGCAAUUGGAUUGAAAUCUACAGUUGAGCAUGUAACGGUUGAGAAAUCACUGGACGGACGAUUAAUCGUCGUACGCUUGAGAAAUGGGACAACGCUGUGUAACAUCUACGCGCCUACUGGUUCGCAAAACCGCCAGUCACGUGAAAAUUUCUUCAACUGCACCUGUGCUCACUACUUGCGCAAUCUUUCUGGUCCGCUAAUUUUGGGAGGAGACUUUAACUCGAUCGUGAACGACCGUGAUGCUACAGGUGCCACCCCUAAGAGUGAAAUGACUUCACGAUUGAUGACUUCGCUUGACCUGAUCGAUGUGUGGAGGGAGAUACAUCGGAAUCAAACAAACUACACUUUCGUUCGAGGAGGUUCUGGUUCAAGACUGGAUCGUUUUCUUGUGUCGAAGUCAACAAGAGAGCAUCUAAGGACAAUCCAACAUGCUGUUACUUGCUUUAGUGAUCACAAAGCUGUGUUAGUGCGCAUGGUGAUGCCAGUUGCGGGUACAAAUAUUGGUCGAGGAGUUUGGAGAUUGAACGCAGCAACUAUGGACGAUGAGGACACAAUGGCUGAGCUGCAACGGAAAUGGGACUAUCUAGUAAGGCAGCGACGAAACUUCACAUCCUGGCUAAUCUGGUGGAUAGAAUUUGCUAAACCAAAGCUGGCUGCCUUCUUCAGAUGGCGGUCAUCGAUCCAAAAUAGGGAGUAUCGAGACUCAAUGGAGCUCUUGCAUGGGGAAUUAGCUCGACGAUAUGAACUGUACAUCGACGACGCUUCGCAGCUUACUCGCAUCAAUCACAUCAAAAGCCUGAUGCUGAGAAUGCAGAGGACAAGAUCCAACAAAUCACGCCUGCUAUAUGAUACCUACCUACAAGGAGAACCGACAAGCACGUUUCACCUGGCCGAAAAAAGCCAAAAUCGAAAGUCAACAUACAUUCACCAGCUAGAGAUUGACGGAAGAAUCAUCCAAGGACCGGAAGUUGUACAACAUGCAGUGGAGUAUUUUGAAAACCUGUUCUCAAACAACAUUGUCGAUUUUCAUUCACCUGACUUUGUGCCAACCUGCAGCAUCCCUCCAAACAAUGAACGCAACGAAGCAAUCUUGGAACCUGUGAGCGAAGAAGAAAUUCU